AUGGGCAAACCACCUCAUCGUUCUUCAUUUGCAGAGGCAGAAAAAAAUAAAUUUGCAAAUACACAAGAACUUGUUCGUUGUCAUUUAAAAAAUUGCAUUUAUUUUAAACAAAAGUAUAAUAAGUCUGAACAAGAAGAAAUUCUAGAAAAGUCAGAUAAAUCAGUUUCAGUAGCCACUACAAAGAUUGAAGAAGAAACUGAUGAUAAUCUUAAAGAUUUUCCUAGAAAUAUACUUUUUAAUAUUUUAAAUAAUGAAUGGUGGAAAAGUCUUAUGCAACUAAAGGAUAAAGGCCAUCUUACUGAAGUUCUACAUAGUUUUGGAUGGGUGUGCCAAUAUAAAAAAGUACUUGCUAUUUGCCAACUAAGAUCAGAGCUUCUAUGUUUAAGAAAUAUUACUACUAUUGACAAGUCACUAAAAACAUACAAGCAAAAAAAUGGUAUUUCACCUAAAAAUAAUGAACAAAUAAGCCUUGAAGAUAAUAAAGAGGAAUUAUCAGACAAUGAUAUUGAUAAUAAUAUAGAUAAUAUAGAAGGACAAAGUCAAAUGAAUGUUGAACAACUAGAAAUAGUUAGGUGUGUUAAUCUGGCUGAAGAGGAGGAAGGUGAUUAUAUGCAAUGUGAUUCGUUUAGCUUAGAUAAGUAUAAAGAAGAAGUAAUGCUUCAAGAUAAUAUCCACCCUGCAAAUUAUUUAUCAGCCAAAUAG